AUGUGGAAUUGCAAUAGUGAAAAUAUGACGGAAAUCAGAUCGUUUACGAAUCUUUUAUUUUCUCUGGUCGUGAUAAUUCUCUGUAUCAUAUCGCAAUGCUUAGCCACCCUAUCUGACAAACAAUUAUGUUACGAUCCGGAUUGUUCGGAACCCAUUUCGUUAGCCAAGACAAUACUUGCUUAUGCGGCAAAUGAUCGUGAGGUAAUGUCAUUUGGUAUUAAUGCAGAUGUCAAGGUUUUUAGUAAAGGUGCUGGAAAAAGAACAGAUUUAUGGGGUGUUGAGAUAAAUGGCAAACGUGGAUUUGCACCCAAGGCAUUCCUAAAUGAAUAUAAAAUCCUGCAACGUAAAUUGCAGUAUGAAGUGCCUGUUUAUAAAUAUAAUGGUGAAAUUAAUAAAGUUCAGCCCAAGAAACUUGAGUCAAUAACAGAAGAAAUACAAAAAAAACAUUCUUUGUUAAAAAAUAAACAUCCUUUGUUAAAAAAUAAAUUAGCUCAUAAAGAUAAUGACGCAUCAUCAAGAUCAGUAAAAUCCAUAGAUGAAAGUAUUGUGCAGGAAUCUCAAGUAAUUAAUGUAGAUAGCAUAACAUCUCCUUACGAAGUAAUAGAUGGUACUACAUUUUAUUCUGACGGUGAGCCAUCUAUACAGCCCAACUUUGUGUCUGAAGUUGUGCAUGCUACUGCAUCACUAAAUGAACAAGAUUCAAUUGAUUCUAAAAUAAAUCCUGAUCAUAAAGAAUCAUCAUUUGACAAGAAUACGUUUAUCAACAAUAAGGAAUCACAAGCAGAUGCAAAUGAUGCUAGUAAAGUUGAAGGAAUUAAAUUACCUUUAGAUAUUCAUGAACAAACCAACACUGAGAUAUUGUUAGAGAGUUCAAAAGCAUUAAUCAAUUCAACUUUAGAUGAAGUGAGCAAAGAUGAUACUCCAAUACUUGAUGAAAGCAGUAAAUUUGAAGAUGAGUCAUCCAAAAAAUUGGAACAUAAAGAAAAAUUGGAUAAUAAUAAAGUUGAGACAGAUAAUAGUGCUGAAGAAAACAUACAAGAUAAUAAGAAAGAAGAAAUAAUAGAAAAUGUUGAAAGCGAAGGUAUAUUUGCUUCACUUACAAACACAUUCAAAAUUUUAUCUAGUUCACAAGACAUUGUAGCAACAGAGAGCACUACUAUUCAAAAUGAUGAUGAUAUACUUGUUCCUAAAACUGAGAAUGAUUUGCAGUUAAAACAGGUUUCAGAAGAUGAAGUUAAAGAUACUGUAGCUGAAAAACAUGUUCCAACUAUUCAGAUAGAAUCGGACUCAACUAUAGAUCUUAUAAAUAAAGAAAAAAUAGAAAUACAGCAAGAAAUUAUACAUGAGAAUAUUGAGAGUGCAAAAGUUUUGGAUGAGACAAAAAUAGAAGAAGAAGCAUCUGUUAUUUCUUUGGAAAAUGCUACACCUCUUAGUGACGUGCCUUUAUCCAAUAAUUUUGUACAUGAAGAUGCUGUACCUAAACCUGCCAAAGAGUUGCCAACAAUACCUUCAACUGUAGCGGAUGAUAGUUCUAUUUCUGCAAAAACUGACAACCUUGUUGAAAAUAUUGAAAUACAGGAUACAAGUAAAGAAGAAAAAAUUAUAGAAAAUGUUAAAGACAUAGUUGAGUCUCUUGAAAAAGAAUCAAUAAUCUCUGAUUUGAAAGAAACUGUAGACACAAAAAGCGUUUCUACUCAAAACAGCAGUGAUAUUGAACAGAAAUUACCAGAAAAUGAUAAUAUGCAUGCAGAAAAUAUAAAAGAAGAUAUUAGUCACAAAGAAACAUUUGUCCAAGUUACAACUAAUAAUAACAUUUCCGAAACUAUUAACUUAUCACCUGUUAUGAAAACAGCUAUUGAAGAAAAUAUCACAAAAGAAUCAUUCCUCAAGAACAUUGUUGGAGAAAAUAUAGUUGGAGAAAUUAUAGACGAGGCAUUAAAUCAUAGUGCUACAGAUAUUUCAUUUACUGAGAAAUUUAUUGUACAUAGCAAUAUAAAUAAAAAUGGUAACUCAGUUAAUAAUGCUAACUCAGACAAUGUUCUUAUAGAAUCUAACGAAUUUUCUAAUGAUGCAUCAUCUGGCAUUGUUAGUCCAGAGACAUCUUUAGAUUCUCCUCAAAAAGAAAUCUUAAAUCAAGUAAUUUUCAAUGAAGUUUUGCAGAAUCAAGAUUUAUUAAAUAUUGAAGAAGAUUUAGAACAUAAAAAAGAUCAAAUAGACAGUUCAGUAAAAGAAGAAGAAACCUUGCCUGAAUAUGGUAAUUACAUAAACAGUGAAGACAAGGUUUUGUACAAAGAUGAAUAUAUCAAAGAGGAUUUGAAAAAAUCAGAAUCAAAACUUAUUAUACCAGAUGAAAUUCAAGAUGAAGUUUGUUCACUUGAUGAUGAAUGCAUAAUUGAGACAACACCUGAGUUUCUGGAGCAAAAAGAAGAAUCAGAAAGUGAAGAAGAUAAUUUAAUUGAUCUAAUGAAAUUGGAUCAUAAUUAUUGGAAAACACUGAUUUGUCUAUGUAUAACAGCCAUUGCUGUACUCAUAUUUACUCUUGGAUAUUAUUAUAUUGAGAAUAUAAAAAGAGAUGGGCAACUUAUAGCGAGAAUUAAUACACUUGAGAAAGAGCAGUCAGAUUUAACUUUCUAUAUAGAAUCUAUCCAACAAAAGUUACUUUCCACACAGUGUGACUCAUUUCAUUCUGAAGAUAUGGCUACAUCUCUAAAAGCUGAUUUAGAAGCGUUACAGCAUGAAAAGACAAGAUUGGAGGAACAGAUAACUGUAUUGGAGAAAGAUUUAGAAAAUGCAACAGAGGCUGGAUUAGAGCUUGAACGCAUGUUAAGAGAAGUUUUAUCAUCGAAUAAUGAAAUUAAUCCGUUAGCUCAAUCAGUGGAAGAUCUACAAGCAAGAUUAGAUGCCCAGCAAACUGCAAACGAAUCCUUAACAAAUGCAUUAAAUCUUAAAGCUCAAGAAAUUGAGACUUUAUCAGUAGAUCUUGCUUCUGUUAAGAAGAGAAGUGAAGAACUUGAAGCAGAACUUUCGCGAACUCAAGACGAGCUAACAACUCUGAGAAAUCUUAAGAAUAAUAUAGAAGAAACACUAACGGACAAAGUACAUAAUUUAGAAGAGAAAUUAGAUGAAUUAUUUAUCGAAAAAACAUCAUUAUAUAAAGAAUUGAAAGGCAAAGAAGUAGAAGUUAAAGAAUUGAUGGAAGUUGUUAAUCAGAUCAAAUCGAAUAAUUUGGACUUAGAAAAGUUAUAUGAUGUAUCUCGCAUUAAAAUUGAUGCACUGCAACUACGUGAAGAGAGAGAUGAAUUAAAGAUGCGAUUAAGUGAUAUUGAAGGCGCUCAUCAAUUAUUAGAAGAACAUAUGAAAGUUGUUAAGGAAGAGAUAAUUGCGCUAAGUGAUCAGUGUAAAAUAGCUGAAAAAGAGAAGAAAGAUGCAGAGACGCGACUUGAGGUAUUGUCAAAGUUUUUCAAAGAGAAAGAAGCUGAACGCCAGAAGGAAGAAGCUAUGUGGCUACAGAAACAAGGAGAAGUGGUAUCAACGGUUGAAAGGAUACAUACAAUGCAAAAUGAAAUUCAAAAUUAUAAACAACAAGUAGAAAUCUUAAAACGAGAAAUCGUGGAACAGGAAAGAGAAUAUAAAAAUCAAAUAUCUGCUCUGGAAAUGAAAGCACAUGAACAAUGGGUUGCUGCCCGCCAAAAUGAGCGUCGUUUGGAAGAAUCGAAAGCCGAGGCCAGUCAAUUACGUAAUCGUCUUACUCUUGUAGAAAAAAAUUUGAACUUAAAUGAUACUGAUCCUGAAGUAAAAUUACAUCGCUUGGAAACAAAUGGGGAAACCGUGACUUCGCCGCCAUUAUUCAUAGGAGCAGAAUCGUCCAGCUCUCCAGUAAUGUUUAGUGGUUCCUCGGGUGUUCCUCCACCUCCACCGCCCUCCUAUCUACACUGUUUUCCGCCGUAUCUGCCACCCUUACCACCCACUACCUCCGGUCUACCUCCGUAUGAUAUUAGUCAGCGUCCUCCACCUCUCGGCGGCAGAUUAUCGUCACCUCCGCCGAUGCCGCCGCCGCCGCCCUUACAUCCUCAGCUCACUUCCGGCGGCAGGUAUGAGAACGCCGGUUCCCCACCGCCACCGAUGUCUCCACCGCAUUUACUUCCAUCGUUUAAUCAUCACAGAUCGCCACCACCUCUUCCAUUCGGUAGCGAUCGCAUCCCGCCUCUUCCUCCACCCGGUUUUCCUCCACCUCUUGGAACGACGCAUCCUUGGGGGGAAGAAUCACUGCCGCCCCCACGCAAUUCUGGUUUUCAUCCUCAUCAACGAGAGCAACGUGCGCGCAAUCACAAAGGUUCCUUGCAUUCUUCGGGAGAAUCAUUGGAUAAAGCACAUCAUGGAAAAGUCUAAGUUUUGUAUCUUGUUAUUCUCAAUAUACUUGUACAAAGGCCAAAUCUAAUCACUGUAUCAGUGACAGUCUUAUUGUAUAACAAUUUCAAAUAAAUAUGUAACAAUAAUAUAA